AUGGCAAAAUCAGAUGCCACCAUUGAGAUGCCAGCUCUGGGCCGCCCAUUCCAGCUGGGGAUGCUGUACGACUGCCGCAGCGACUCCCUCAUCCCAGGGGUCACGCUGUGGACCCUGGACCAGCUUCUCAAGGAUGUAAGCAGAAAACCACAACCUAGGACUGAAUUUGAGAUCAUCGCAUCCGACACCAUUGAAGAGAAGGCCAAUGCCCUCAAUGUCACAGCCUCGCUGAAGGCCAGUUUCCUGGGGGGGCUGGUUGAAGUAAGUGGAUCUGCCAAAUACUUAAAUGACACCAAAAAAUCCAAACAACAGGCCCGAAUUACUCUCAAGUACUCUGCCACAACAAACUUUGAGCAACUAACUAUGAACCAAUUAGGACCAGAAAAUGUCUCUUAUCGUGCUGUAUUUGAUCAAGGCACGGCCACCCAUGUGGUCACGGCUGUGCUGUACGGGGCUCAGGCUUUCUUCGUGUUUGAUCGGGAAGUUUCUUCUUCUGAGAAUGUGCGUGAGAUAGAGGGAAAGCUCCAGAUUGCAAUUAAAAAGAUACCCCUGUUUUCCAUAGAAGGGGAAGGAGCUGUCAGAAUGGAUGAAAGUGAACAAUCAAAUGCUGAAAAAUUUAACUGCAAGUUCCAUGGUGAUUUUGCUCUUGAGAACAAUCCAACUAAUUUCCAAGAUGCCAUGAAAACAUAUUCCACCCUCCCGAAGCUGCUGGGUGACAGCGGGGAGAAGGCCGUACCAGUGAGAGUCUGGUUGUACCCGCUGACCAAGCUGGAUUCCAAAGCUGCUCAGCUGGUGCGUGAGAUCAGCUUAACACUGAUUUCUGAUGCUCAGACUGCUAUGGAGGAACUCAUAGAACUAAAUAUGCGAUGCAAUGACAUGGUGAAGAAUCCGAUUGCCACAAACUUCCCCGAAAUCAAGCAGAAAAUCCAGCAAUUCAAAAAUCUGUGUAAGCAACACAGACAGACUUUCCAGAAACAGCUAGCAGGACUCUUGCCAUCUAUCCGUGGAGGUGGAAAAGAGGAGGGGGCCCUGGUGGAUAUUUUAUCGUGUAAAAACCAGUCACCGUUCAAUAUCCAGAACCUCAGUGAAUUUCUGGAUACAAAGGAGAAAGAGAUAAAUUAUGUGAAUUCCUACCUUAGGAUCCUAAGCAAUGUAGAGGUGGUGUCCUCUCAGAGUGAACUAGAUGAACUAGUACUCAGCCCUGAUCUUGACUUCAUCGUCUCCUUUACAUUCACCUCACUGCAUGAAGAGGAACCAUAUUUAUCAGAUUUAAAACAAUGGCUUCAGAACCAAUAUAUAAAGGAAACUCAUGAUCCUGAAUUAGCCAGUUCUGUUGCUGAGAAACCAAAAUCCAAAGUGUGGUUUGAGGAAAAAGAAAUGUAUAAAAAAGCUCGAAAAUCUGCAAGGUCCCUUUCACAUUUUGUCAGUGUCAACAAAUCUAAUGGGACGACUCGGUUCAUUGUGGCCUCUGUUCCAGACAAGGACAAUCCAGGCACUGCCAUUUACCUGUAUGAGGAUGGAGAGCUGGUCAGCACCAACUUUGAGCCUCCAUCAAAGCCUCGUCCUCCCCAGAUUGAUGGAAUCAGACAUGACCGUGUGCAGCUCACGUUUAACCCAGAAGCCUAUGGCAGGGCUGCGAUAUCCGGCUAUCGGGCAGAGUACAGAAUUGUAGGGCAGGAGAACUGGACGGCUGUGACUGUAAAUAACACACAAGAGACAUUCACAGUGACAGGGCUCCGUGCAAACACCGAGUACCAGUUCCGAUACGCUGCAGUGAGCAAACCAGGGCUCAGCGAGAGCAGCGACGUGAGUGAUCCUGUGAAGACGCUCUCUCCAACCAGCCCCCCUGGGAAGCCCGUAACAGUUAUUGCAGAUUCAUCUGCCAUUGCCCUUUCCUGGGAAAGUCCAAGUGUCACUGGAGACGGAGUUAGAAUAAAGGAGUAUAAGGUGGAAUAUAAAGAGGAGGCAGGAGAUACGAGUCAGGAGGGGAAAGACAAAUGGCUGGAACGAAGGACAGGAAAGAGAACCGAGUUCUGUAGCGUUGAUGGACUGCGUCCUGAGACCUCCUACAGAUUCCGGGUGUCGGCUGUGUGUGCGGAUGGGGCUGUGAGUGACCCGAGCGAGGAGACUUGCAUCUCAACCCUAAAGAAAGGUAACAUAUAUAUAUAUGUACCUGGGGAUCAAGCCCUGGCUCUGAUCCUGGCACAAGGGUCUCACUCACUUGAGGAUAACACCCAGAGCGUGAACGUGAAUGUGACUCUGGAUCCAGACACGGCACAUCCUGAGCUCAUCUUGUCUGAAGAUCGAAGAAGCGUGAGCCGGGGACACGAGAGCCAGAUGUUGCCUUACAAACCGGAGAGAUUUGAUUAUUUACUCAGUGUGCUGGGCUCUGAGGGCUUCAACUCAGGGAAACAUUCCUGGCAGGUGAAGGUGGAGGGAGGGGCAUCCGCAGACUGGGCUGUGGGGGUAGCUAAACAGUCUGUGCUAAGGAAGGAAGAGGUUGACUUUACCCCUGAGAAGGGGGUCUGGGUGGUGCAGAAAUGGGGCAGUGCCCAAGACUAUCGGGCUCAAACCUCCCCUGUCACCCGCCUGUCCUUGAGUAGAGAACCCAGCAGGAUCCGGGUCUCUCUGGACUAUGAAGGGGGGUCAGUGGCAUUUAAUUAUGCUGAUAAUCUGGCCCCGAUUUUCACUUUCCCACGGGCCUAUUUCAAUGGGGAGAAAAUUUUCCCUUUCUUCUGGGUCUGGGGUACAGGAUUCAAGCUGAGCCUGCAUCCCUGA